ACAUAAUAAUAAUGCCUUUAGUUAAAUCUAGUCUGUUGGGAGUGUGUGUGGAGUACAUCACAUCUACACCCUGUACUGCAGUUUUAGGCGCAGUUACAGCUUCAAUCUUGUUCUUGUAUGGCAGCAGGAAGGCUCAGGUGCCGAAGCUGGUGUGUUCUAAUGGAUUCCGAGGCUUCCUGCACACACACUGUCCCAUUGUGUCGGAGAGAUUUUGCCCCACACCCUGGUGCUGGGGCGGCCGAAUGCAGACGCUCGUACGCGUCUUCAUCAAGUCCUGCCCUGCUGUAACAUAUCGCAACGAGAUGAUCAGGACAGACGAUGGUGGUCAGCUCUCAAUAGACUGGGUGGAUAACACGGAUAGCACAAAGUACCCACAAUCCUCCUCUCGACCUACCGUGCUAAUCCUGCCCGGGCUGACAGGAAACAGCCAGCAGACGUACGUCCUGCACAUGAUCCAGCAAGCCACACGACAUGGAUACAGGUGUGUGGUGAUGAAUAACCGAGGUUUUGGAGGAGAAGAGUUGCUGACUCCUUUAACCUUCUGCGCUGCCAACACUCAGGACGUGGAAACCACAAUAAAUUACAUCAAAGCGCUCUACCCACAAGCCCCUCUGGUUGGAGCCGGGGUGUCUCUUGGGGGGAUGCUGUUGCUGAAUUAUCUGGCGCGUAAAGGAAGUGACUCGAAGAUGAUCGCCGGGCUCACCCUGUCCGUGAUCUGGAACUCCUUCGAAUCGUCCAAAUCGCUGGAGCAGCCAAUCAACAAGCUGCUUUUUAAUCGCCACCUCACCAGCAACCUGUGCAAAGCCAUCAUCAGACACAGAAAGAUCCUGGAGAAGAUCAUCGACAUAGACGAUGUGUUAAAGGCAAGUACAAUUCGGGAGUUUGAUGAGCGCUUCACAUCUGUCCUAUUUGGCUACAAGUCCUGCGUUGAUUAUUACCAGGACGCCAGUCCAUAUCACAAACUGUCCCAGAUGUCUGUCCCCGUACUGUGCCUCAAUGCCGCUGAUGAUCCCUUCUCCCCAAAACAUGCUUUCCCGGCAGCUCUGGCUCAGCGUUCACCGAACGUGGCUCUGUUAAUUACAUCACACGGAGGGCACAUCGGCUUCCUCGAGGGUCUUUUCCCACGCGGCGAAGGCUACAUGGAUCGGGUGUUCAGCCAGUUCGUCCGAGCCGUUUUUGAGCACCAGGAGGACCUUAAGGAGGCUUGCAGCAACACAGACCAGUAGCACAAACAUCAAAUUAACCACUAAAUGUUAAGCUUUAUAAUAUGUUAACCACUGAUACAUCUAUCUGUCAUAGAUAUCAGGUAUUGUGGUAGCAUAUUAACAAGAAGUUUCACUUAAAUUUAUUUAAUGUUUUCACCUUAUGCCAUGAAGGACUCUUAAAAGGGACCGAAGGACUGACACUCAAGCAUUAGUAGAAUGGAUAGGGAAGCCCAAUUUCCCAAAAGUGUUAGUGUUGAAAUUAUCUGGUAAAGAAUUGUAGUGCUGCAUCAUAAGUUUUUUUUAUGACAGUGAGAUUUAUCUUUUAUUUUUUAUGUUUUUUAAAUAAAAUGAUGUUUGUAAUUUCGGGAUUUUUCGUAUCAACUUUUACAAUCUGGGCAAACUUGACACGGCAUAUUUAGGAUUUUGUUUCUACGGUUGGUGAAAAUUUACAAUCUGUGAAACGCAUAGUAGAAGGAAUUCUGACUUAACGGGAACAAGUAAUUAUAAGGUGUUUAAAUGUGGAAGAAACAUUUAUUUUAAGGCCUUACAUAUUUCCCUAAAUAUUUGGUAUGCUGAAAAACUUAAUGGAAUGGCCUUGGUAUCUUUCGGAAAAAUAAUCAGAUAUUUUCAAUUAUAAUAAUCUUUGCCUUAAAAUCUUGGUCAUGGAGCACCUCAAGUCCCAAAAAGGUUAGAUUUUUCUUAUCUUGUGGGACCAAAUUAUUAUCUUGAACACAUACAGAUGACAUUCUAACCACAAAGAAAUCGCUUCUAUUGCAUUAAAGCGCUGAAAGCCUUCAUAAUGCAAAUCUACUCUGUAAAUCAAAAAAGUAUUAAUGCAAAUUAACCCAUCUGUUCACACAAAUUAUGGAAUCGCCCAAAUAUUGAUUAAGGCACAUUGCACAAUUGUGAAAAAAGGCAAUAAAUAUUAAAGCACUUAAUUGUAAUUGUACAGACCAUGUUGCUACCUCAUUACACUGAUUAAAAAGUGUUUUUAAAUAGAUUGAAUGACUUUUUUAUUAUAAUUGAUUGAAUUAUAAUUUGUAUUCUUUUGAUGUAUUAUAUGCACUGAUUUAUAAAUUUAUGAAAAAGUGUCCCCUUUACUAUCUGUUUCUGAAUCAGAUGUGUGUGUAUUGAUCAACUGGCUGAUCUGGGGCCAGUCAUCAAAACCAGAGAUUGACAAAAAAUUCUGUACUAAUUUCUCACAUAGUAUGUACUGCUUUAA